AUGAUCUUCGAGGCGGAGUCCAGCAAGGUUCCGAGGAGGCCGUUCUGGGUACUCUUGGCCACGGCACGGCAAGAGGACAAAGAGGCGAGAGAGAAGCCGCAGCGAAGACAGGCCCUACAGGUGCAUGCCUCCGUGUGCUUCGACUUGGCGCCUGAGGUCGCUCGUGCCUGUGCGCGCGGCAAAAGGAAAGGCCAAAGCCACGCCUUUCAUCGCACCUCUGCAGAGCUGGUUUCAACGUCGACCGCACAGGUCGUGGCAGUCCUUCGAUGCGCUAUCAGGGUCUCCUGCCUUCGUGGCAACCUGGACGUGGUGCCUGCCAUCCAGGUGACAACAAGCGGGGAGGGAGAAGCCGAGUGCAAGGACGAGGAGGACAUCGAGGUGAGGAGCUCCCCGGUGCCGGUGCCACAAAGUGGGUUUGGAGGAGGCGGGGUCGCACGGAAUCCUGGGCUCGUGAAGGGCCCGGGCGCGGACGAGACCUGGUAUGCAGCGCCCAUCGAACUUGGGACGCCGCAGGAGCCAAGGAAACCUGCCGGAAACUGCGGUGAUCGAGAGGAGGCUGCUGCUGAAAGCGCAGAUCCAGAGGCCUCGGACCGGCUAGGGGAGACCUGGGUUAUCGGACGACUUGUUUUGUAUGUCAGUGGAAGGGCUGAAGCCACCUUCAGCGACGGUUCUGCAGUCAUUCUGCAUCCGCCCAAUGCUGCGAAAGCAAGCUUCUUCACUUCCGAUGGUCGACGACAGCGCUUGCUGUCGACAUGCUCCCCGCAGUUUGGACGCGCAGAGGUCCGUGCCAAAAUCAUGGCGGCAGCAGCCGUGAGGGAUCAAUUCCACCCACAUCCAUCCUCGCUUUUUCCGCUGGAGUCACGUCGGAAAUGCUUUGGAAAGCUGCUGAAACCGUCCGCGGCAGUGUGGCCGUCACAGGCCCCUCAAUCCCGGGAGGACGGAAGUGUGGAGGUUUCAUCGCUGGAUGGCUCAGUACACCUGACCUUGGCCCCACAUGGAAGGACCUUCGUCGUCCAGUGGCUGCGGCCCUUUGAGCUUCAGGAAGCAAAGGCGAACUCUGAGAGCCCGGAAACCUUCCUUCUGCGUAGCGAAGAUCGAGCUGCUGGCCUCCAUGACUGCGUCCAGCAAGUGCAGUGCUUCGCAGUGCAGGAGCCCGUGGAAGUUGCAUGGGUCUACCCCCUGCUGAUCUGUUUGCUUCGGCACCAGACAUGCGACGAGAGAGGCGAUCUCAUACGAGGUCUUGCGGAGACGUUGCAGCAGUGUCAGAUCCGCGGCACCGUUCUUGACAGUGGUCACUGCGUGACGGUGCCGCUUCCCAGCGUCCAACUCGCAGAUGGAGCUCAUGGUGGCAGCCACAGCGGCGACGACAUCUCUCCUGCUGCAUGUAUGGGCACCUUCCGUGAGGGCCCGGUCAUGCUCUCAUGGACGCCACAGUCAGCCAUACGACUGGGCCACAGGGAGGCCAGCGUGGAGCUUUUGGAUUUGGGCUCAGAAGACUGCUCUCUCUGUGAGUCUGAGUAUCGAUGGGCUUUUCUGGAAUCCUCGCUAAGCGGUCGCUUCUGGAAGAUGGUAGCGUCAAACCUCGAGUGGCAGUUGCCCGAUGUCUUCUGCGUGGAUCUGCUUCCGCCCGGGCCAAGAGACUCCUUCGCCUGCCGGCUGAUGGCCCUCGUCGAGGAGGCCUCCUUGUGGCUUCGCCAGAACAGCUCCGAGAGCCUGGUAGGAGCAGUGGCAGGAGCUGAGGCGAUCGCUUGCAGCAAGCCAGAGCCGCCCGGGCCGCCCGGGCCGGAAGGAGCGGGACUGGCGUGGCUGCAGGAGGCGCAGCUGGAGGACGGAGGCGCGUGCCUCACAGUCUUCCGCUGCCGUGAGCGGCGGCUUGUGCGGGUGCUCUUUGCAGAGGGAGCCCGGAUGGACUUCGAGCUGGAGGAGCUCUCUCCCGGCUCCAACUUCCGGCUCCUCACAAAACACGGAGAGCUGCUUCGAAGGCGCUUCGGGGAGCCCUUGGGUGCUGAGGCCGAAAUGGCAGAGGCCCUGCGCCUGCUGACAAAGCUCUCGGAGACGACGGGUCGCCGUGGUUCUUUGCACGCGGAGAGGCAAAGGGCGGCCCAGGCCGCGGCCGCGGCGCUGCGGCGCACGCGGGUCUUCCUGGGCUCCCUGCCCACGCCCCAAGAGUCUGAGGCGCACAGGGCGAAGUGCAGGACGACCUGCGGCUUCAGCGACAUCGGUGUACAAAGUAGGUCGCAGAUGACACGCGAGCUGCUGGAGCUCAGUGAGACGGGGCUGAACGGAUGGACACGCGAGUUUCUGAAAGCACUGCAGAUGCUCUUGGUGGUCCUCACAUGCCCUGCAACCUGCCUAAGUGCCAUCCAGGCGGACGCGUACAAGAAGUACGUGCUGCUGUGCCUUAAGGUGCAUGGCGAGGUCAAGCUGUUGCCCAUUUACACCUCGCAUAUCCUUGUGAGGUAUUCAAAAAGCCCGAGCUAUGUCCUCGACAUUGCAGAGGCCUUCAAGGCUUCAGACAUCGCCGCGUUGCAGAGGAUUGUCGAAGAGAAACAGCCAGCCAUCGAGGCAGAUCAGAAUCUGGGUCUGGUGAAGCAGGUGCUUUCCUCCAUGAGGCGGCACAAGAUCCUCACCUUAACCAAGACGUAUCUGACGCUGUCGCUGGCAGAAAUAGCUGCCGAGGCUGGCAUACAAGGCGAUCAUGCCGAGGCAGAAGCGAUCCUCUUCGACAUGAUCUCGGAGAACGAGAUCCAGGCCAGGAUCGACCAGCGCACCGGCAACGUGUCCUUCGAGGAUGCCGAGAACCUGGACAUGGACAUGAUGCAGACGCUCCAGGGGAAGCUUGGGCAGAUCAUGGAACUGUCGCAGAGGAUCAGCGGUUUCGAGCAAGAGGUGGUGACGAGCGAGUCCUACGUGCGAAAGACGAGCCUGCUGGACAUGUCUGCAGAACGCCAAGCGGGCGCCAUGUCCUACGACCUCAUGGUCAAGACGCUGACGGGGAAGACCAUCACCCUGGAUGUCGAGGCGUCUGACACCAUCGACAAUGUGAAGGCCAAGAUCCAGGACAAGGAAGGCAUCCCACCCGACCAGCAGCGCCUGAUCUUCGCGGGCAAGCAGCUGGAGGAUGGCCGCACGCUCAGCGACUACAACAUCCAGAAGGUCAUUGAGCCUUCCUUGGCGGUUCUGGCGCGAAAGUUCAACUGCGAGAAGAUGGCAGGAAGUGAGUUGCCCCCCUGCCAGUUGGAGAAGUCGAAGCCCAGACUCGGUCCCGGCUCUGCCAUCGCCGAGGACUCCAUGGGCUGCGCCUCCUCCUCUGGCGCUGAGAGGUAUGCGGGCAACCCGAGAGAGACGUCUCAGCCCGGAGCGAGCGGGGCUCCGAGCUCCUCGAGCUCCCCGGCGCGCCCAGCGGCGCCCGCCGCCUCGCCAACCUCGGCCUCUACCGCCCCGAAGGCGCGGCUUCGUGGGACGGAGGCGUCUUCCGUUUUGUGCUGUUUUCGGCGUCUCAGGCCUCUCCGAGCGGUCCGAGCGGUCCGGGUCAGCGGAACUCGCGAGUGGUGCAGGACAACCCAGAUGCUCAAGCGCAGACGGCGAAGGCGGCACCUAUGGUCGGCCUCCGGCAAGAUUUGGACGGCGACGAAGCUCACGAGUUCUUCGUGGAGGACCCAAAGACCGGUCAAAUGCAGAGAGUUGUGA